AUGUCCACUUUCACUAUUCCUUGUGACCAUGGCCAGCAAUCCCUGUUGGUGGAUUGUACACCUGAUCUCAACAAGGAUACCCUCUUACGGUUCCCGGCUUUCCAGAUCUGGCUAUCUACCCUGCAACAAUCGUUAAAGCAGCAACAACACCCCUCACAUGAGUUUCACAAAGACCCUUAUGUCCUACGCAAAAUUGAUAUCCAAGCCGUGGACUUUUUCAAGGGCGGACGGUUAGGUUUCGUGAAAUUGAAGGCAGAUGUGUCAAACAAGAGCGGCGAGUCACUCCCAGGGAGCGUUUUUCUACGCGGAGGUAGUGUAGGAAUGCUGCUCCUUCUCCAACCAGAUGACGUACAUCCAUCAGUGGAAGAUGAGAAGCGAGCGAUCCUGACUAUCCAACCCCGCAUUCCUGCCGGCUCCCUUGCUUUCGCCGAAAUCCCUGCUGGAAUGCUUGACGAUAGCGGGUCUUUUGCCGGAGGCGCAGCAAAGGAAAUACAAGAAGAAACUGGUUUAACUAUUCCCCAAGACGAGCUUAUUGAUAUGACCUCGCUCGCAUUGCAAUCAGUUGCGGAAGCCAAUGAUGUAGAGAGUUUACGAAAGGCCGUAUACUCAUCGCCCGGUGGAAGCGACGAAUUUAUUCCCUUGUUCUUGUGUCAGAAGCGCAUGCCGCGUAAGGAUAUCGAAAGCCUGCAGGGGAGGUUGACCGGUCUACGCCAGGAUGGGGAGAAGAUCACGUUGAAAGUGGUCCCUCUCAAGGAGUUGUGGAAAGCGGGUUUGCGGGACGGAAAGACACUCGCAUCGUGGGCGUUGUAUAAAGGACUCAAAGAGGAGGGGAGAAUAUGA